CUUUAGUGCCUUCCAGACAGUGAUGAGAGGGAGACUCUGAACGCUGUUGCUCACGGUAGAGAAGCACAUGGCCUGAGCGCCGACGCCUGCCUUUGCGCCUGAGAAUUCUGGUCUCGUCUUAACGUUUGAACUUGAAGAGGGCUAAUUAGGGAUAUUUUCCUUAGAAAAAAAGAAAAAUGAAAUUUGAACUGAAGGUAUCUGAGUUACCCAAUACGAGGUAUGGAAUAAUGAUACCCUAAUAUAAGCUAUCGAAGGCCUUUUCUCAUGUGACGAUCUAAAGAAAAGAGACAGAGAUAGUGAAGUGGCGAAGUGAGGGUAAGAAACGUAUCAUUGACAUUAUUAAACCGAACGUGUAUUUAGAAACGCGGAAGUUUCCUCUUUCUCAAGUUAAUUCCUUUAUUUAUCCUUUCUCACGUUCUCGAUUCGCAGACCAUCCAAGGUUUAUUCCCUUUUUUCCUCUCUUCGUUCUUACAAUCCGACUAUGCUGUCUGUCUGUCUGUCUGUCUGGCCCUGAACCCCCACCCCGCUGAAAAUCCUCGAUUCCACGGAACUCUUUUUCGAACUCUUAUGAAACAUCUCCAGCCCUAACCCGUCCCUCUCUCUGGCUCAGAGCCUGACGUUGCGGAGUGAUAGACCCUCUCGCCCCCCGCCAGGAGGAUACGACUUCGACCCUUGUUUGCGCUAAGUGACUCCCCUUCCCUCCUGCCCCUUCCCUCCUGCCCCUUCCCCCCUCUCGCCACUCCUGCCCUUCCCCAGCGCCCCUCGAAACCCUCCCCAGUGCCCCGCCCUUCCGAGGAACCUUCAGCCGUCACUAACUUCCCUCCCCGCCCUCCCCCUACUGCCGAGGAGCCCUCAGAUCCUGGCUGAUCAUCCGGGACUCUCUCCACCCUCCUCCACCAGGUCCCCGCCGAGAGAAUGAGAGGGACAGGACUCCUGCUGGCGGCGCUGCUGGCCACGGUGGCGCUGACGGCGGUCUCUGAGGCCAAGAUCAGAAGCAGAAAUAACAAAAUCAGAGCUGGCGAGGAGGAAUUCCACAAGUCGAGGCGCCAGCAGUACAGGAAGUUCAAGAAAGGUUCUUCCUACACUCAUGUUCCCUUCAUCAACUCUGAAGACAAGGCAUACUGGCUGAAGGAGGGCCAGAACGCCCUUCGCGAGCAGCUCCUCGUCUCCCCGAAGGUGCGCCAAGCCAAGAACAUCAUCCUUUUCUUGGGAGACGGCAUGUCCAUCCCCACCGUGACCGCCUCCAGGUAUCUGAAGGGGCAGAAGAGUAGCCGCUGGGAACACGAAGAGAUGGCUUGGGAUAAGUUCCCUUACUCGGCGCUCAUUAAGACGUACACGACAGACAGCCAAGUAGCAGACAGUGCCGCGAGUGCCACUGCCUACCUGUGUGGCAUUAAGGGCAACCUUGGCACUAUUGGCGUGGAUGAGAACGUCAGUAAGGAGAAUUGUUCGGCUCAACAGAACGCUGCCUUCCACACGGACUCCAUCGCUAAGUGGUUCCAGGACGCCGGGAAAUCCACAGGCCUCGUGACCACGAUGAGGGUGACCCACGCCACGCCCGCAGGGUCCUACGCCCACAUCGCUGAUCGAGAAUGGGAGGACGACCACGAGAUCGUGAACGACGGGGAGGACGACAUCGCGUGCGACGACAUCGCGGAGCAGCUCGUUCUGAACGACCCGGGACGCAACUUUAAGGUAAGGAGCAACUUGAAGUCGUUCGUUGUUUUAAGGCGUUACUCUGAGUGGCUUUCCAGAAGGGGAAAUUUGCACAGCCCUUCCCACCACGCGCGGCGGUGGUUGCACAAGCUCCCUUUGCAACUUAUCUCCUCCCGACUCUCGAUGCCAGCUUCUGUCCGGGACUGCAAGGGACGUAGAUUAGAGAUCAAGCCACGAUUAAUGGGCAUCAACUUGCCAUUUUAA